AUGGAAGUGAUUCCCAUAUUGGAAUCUCCUCCGUUAUUUCAAAGACUGCAUGUUUGCUUGGAUGCUUGCAAGAAAGGUUUUAAAGCUGGAUGUAGGCCAUUGAUAGGACUUGAUGGGUGUUUUUUGAAAGGAUAUUAUGGGGGACAACUCCUAUCAGCUGUUGCUCAAGAUGCAAAUAACCAAUUCUAUGUUAUUGCAUACGCAGUGGUUGAUUCUGAGACAAAAGAUAAUUGCAAGUGGUUUUUGACAUUACUUGAAAGUGACAUAGGAGACCAUGUGAGCUAUGGAUGGAACUUCAUAUCUGAUCAACAGAAGGGAUUAUUGCCUGCACUAAAGGAAGCAAUGCCACUUGUCUAUCAUAGGAAUUGUGUACUCCAUAUAUGGAAGAACUUCAUCAAGCAAUAUAAGGACAAAGAGUUACGAGGUAUUGUGUGGCAAUGUGCAAAAAGCACAACUGAACCAGAGUUCAAUGCUCAUAUGGAAAAAUUGAAGACACUUAAUGAAAAAGCAUGGAGUUAUCUCUACAACAUUGAUAAAACAACAUGGGUGAAGGCGUAUUUCAGUCAUUGGCCUAAGUUGGAUAACAUCACAAACAACAUGUGUGAAGUUUGGAAUAACAAGAUUGUGAAAUAUAGAGAAAAGCCUAUUUUGACAAUGAUGGAAGAGUUGAGGUGUUACUUGAUGAGGAGGAUGGCAUCCCAUAAGAGAGUCUUAGGCACAUGCAAGAGUAUAUUACCACCUGUUCAACAAAGAAAGAUUGAAAAAUUAAAGGUAGAGAGCAAUAAGUGGACACCUCAAAUAACAGGUGAUGAUCAAUAUGAGGUUCGAAGACAUGGCACAAGCCUUGGGGUGAACUUGGAUUUGCAAACAUGUAUUUGUCAAAUGUGGCAAUUGACUGGCAUGCCUUGUAUUCAUGCCAUUGCAGCUAUAGCAUAUAAGGUCGAGAAGUCUGAGAAUUAUGUGCAUCAGUGGCUCACAAUGGAAGCUUUGAAUGCUACUUAUGAUCAUUACAUUCUACCAGUCAACAGUCAGGAAUAUUGGAAAAUUACAGAGCAUCCUAAGCCAGAACCACCAAAGUUGAAAAGACCUAUCGGUAGACCAAAGAAGCAUAGAAGGAAAAAUGCAAUUUCAGAAGAUAUGCCAGGGAGCGGAACACGUAAGGUUAAAAGAAGAUAUGAAGUGAUUUGCCCAAAGUGUGGUGAAGCUGGUCAUUAUGAAAAGACAUGCAAGGGACCUCCAAAACCAGGAUAUGUGAAAAAGAACAAAAAGCUGGAAUCACCACAACCACCAGUUGUAAGGUCUACUCCUAUUAGGCCAUCACCACCUCCUGUUACACCAUCACCUCCUCCAGUUAGGCUACCAACACCGUCUUUCAUUGCACGUCCUUCAACAGUUGGAACUUCAUCGAUCCGACCACCAACAGGGCCUAGUAGUCAUGGAUUCAUGCCUACUCCUAAAUUUACACAAUGGCGGCCAACUUGA